AAGUCAGUGAAGCCCAUCACUCACUAUGGUUCAGUGUCAAACUCUGAUCCAAUUUUCUGAUCCAAGUCAAUCUACUCACUAAAUUACUUAAAGCUCAAUUCAUCUGACAACCAUGCACUGGGAGAAAUCCCAAUCCUCAGGGCUGCCUGAUGCUAAGCCAUACCAAGGGGUGAGAGUCCGGGAACCAGUCAAAGAGUUGCUGAGGAGGAAACGAGGAUUGAACCUACAUAGUGCCAAGAAAUCGCCCCCAAGAGCGGUUGUGGUCCCUAACAAAACCAUGCCUUCAUAUGCACAGUUUGGAACUCCUGGGUUUGAAGUGGCUAGCAGCCUAUCCAAUGAAACCUCCACUGUUAAUGAUGGAGGUCGCUGUGCUGGUUGGAUAGCCCAUCCAGCAGCUACUACUCUCCAGCCCAUGAGCCACUGGUCAUACCCAGAGUACAUCCAACAGCAUGAUCUUACCACCCCAACCACCACCAUCCCAACCCUCACCACUGACAUGUACAUGCAGCCCAUCUGCCCCAGCUACACCGUCGUGGGCCCAUCCUCCAUGCUCACCUACACACACACGCCCCUUUUUACUAACUUUGGGACCCUAGCUCCUACGUCCACAGGCCUGCCACAAGUGGACCUCCAGGAUUCAGCGCUGACAUACAUUCCAUGGGCCCAGCCGCUUACCACCAUUCCAACUUCGGGGGUGCAGUUUUCCCCUCACCCUGCUACAUUGGCCGGGUCUCAGCUUGUUCCCAUGUCCACGUCAGUGCCCCAGACCCUGGAGCAGAGCCCUGCUGAGGCUGAAGAACCUAACCCUCUAGAGAGACUUUUGGAAGACCAGGAUCAGGACGACAAAGACACAUAUGUGAACAGUUCCUUGCUCUUCAUCCCGAAUGUAUGAGACCUAUCAGGGUUACAGGUUGAACGCAUUUAUGAAGUACAAAGCUCAUUAGGAACCUAUUAUAUUGUAAAUAUAAUUCAGGGUAAUGCAAUGAGCGUGAGAAAGUUUCGUAACGAUCAUUCAAAUGCUUGUAUAAAGUGCCAUUCAUACACUGAGCUAUUUUCUGUGCUAACCAAAUGUUGGGAAGUUUUAUUAUUUUGACACAACUGCCCAGAGAAUUACAUUUUCCUUUACAAUAUAUUUUUUAUUUUUGUUUCUUAAAUUUUUUUUAAAUGUUGACCUCAGUUUUUAACGCCUCAACUUUUCAGAAUAACAUCCCUAGGUCUUUUUCUAAAGUGUUUGAGUGUUUGAGUGUGAGACAAUGGGAGGGAUCAUACACCAGUAGUCCGCCUUUGGGCUGUCCCUAUCAAUUCAAAGCAAACGUUUUGAACACAGUGCAUUCAGAAAGUAUUCAGAACCCUUCACUUAGUCCAUGUUUUGUUAUGAUACAGCCUCAUUCUAAAAUUGACUAAAAGGUUUUUGGUUUUUUAGAUUAUUUUCAAUCUACACACUAUACCCUAUAACGACCAAUUAAGAACAGGUUUAUAGUUGUGCAAAUUAAAAACAGAAAAUAAAAACAGAAUGAUCACAAUUACAUAACUAUUCAGACCCCUUCACUUCAUGUCUCUUUCAAAUGGGUUUAAGUCUUGGCUCUGGCUGGGCCACUCAAGUAUAUCCAUAUACUUCCCAAAGCCACACACAUGUUGUCUUGGCUGUGUGCUUAGUGUUCUUGUCAUGUUGGAAGGUGAAGUUUCACCCUGGCAUUGAGCGCUCUGGAGCAUGAAUUCAUCAAGUGUCUUUCUGUCCUUUGUUCCCUUCAUCUUUCCCUCAAUCCUGACUGGUCUUCCUGUCCCUGACACUUGGUUUUUGCUCAGACAUGCACUGUAAACUGUGGGACAUUGUAUGAAACGUGUUUCCCUUUCCGAAUCAUGUCCAAACAAUUAAAUUGACUGCAGGGGGACUCCAAUCAAGUUGUAGAAACAUGUCAAUGGAAACAGGAUAUACCUGAGCUCAACAACGAGUGUCAGAGCAAAGAGUCUGAAUACUAAUGCAUGUGAUAUAGUCUUUUUUUAUAUAUACCUUUACAAACAAUUCAGAAAACCACUUUUGUCUUGGUCAUUAUGGGGUAGAGUGUGUAGAUUGAUGAACGCUUAAUUUUUUAAAAUCCCUUUUUGAUUAAGGCUGUAACGUAACAAAUGUGUGUAAAACAAAUGUGGUCUUCUGAAUUAAUUGUAUGUUUUGGCCAAUAAAACAUUUAUUUGUGGAUUUUGAAUGUAGGUAGGGGGUUUGUUUCUGCUUAUGACUUAUUAUUAUAAAGCUAAACAACUACUGGUGAGAAUUUGAGUCUCUCCUAGAGGGAUAGACUGUUGGGUCACAUCAUGACUUCAUUAUAAUUGAGCAAGUAUCAUUUAUCUGUAUAAGAGUUUGAACUCUGUCCCGGCCUCUCCCAAACAAAGAGCAGUGGAUUGGCACCAGACCGUGGCAGAAUGCCUUUUGCUCCACUGCACAUCAUUCAUGAAAAUUUUAUUCUGGCUCCAAUUCCACUUAAUUCAUUGAACGGUGUUUUCCCCUUACAUUAAUCGCAUGACUCUCAGGAACAUUUUGUUUGUGUUUGUGACACUCACAAGCUGUUUUGGAUAUAUUACAUGAGACAUUGGCAAAAAUUAUAUGUAAUUCAAUGCAUCUUUUCUACACACUCAGAUGUAUAAUUUCAUGAUCUUCCCUGUGCAUAUUAGUCACUAUAAAUCCUAGGCUUACAUCCUUAACAUUUGAACCACUUCAACAAAUUUUAUAUUUUUUGCCUAUUAGACAUCCAUAGUCCUAAGUGGUUUAAUAUAAGGAUACUAAACCACUCAGGACUUUACUAUAAUGAUAAUAAAACCAUAUUGAUACUUUAGCGGGAAGUUACAUUUUCUUGGAUCGUCAUGGAAGACAAUUUUCCACAUUCCAUUAAUGAUCCCUCACAAGCUGACUGAGUUGUGAUUGAGAUCUGUAUGUAAUGACGAGAUCUUCAUGUCUCCUGAUAAUCGGAAUAUUCUAGGAAGGACUGCUUAAUCCCAUAGAAACCCAAUUUGAGAAGGUGAUUGAAGUAGGCAACAGGUGUAAACUGAGCUGAACUGAGUACAUAAAGUGCACAUAUGUCAGCAAGGCAAAGGCCACAGUUGAUAAGUUAACUUGCUAACCAGCUAGGCCAGCAAACUACUGUAGGCUACACCUACAGACAACGUCCCUUGGCUCCGUCUGGUGAACACCGCACCCCUGCUGAAAAUGUCCCAGUGCUGGCUAACUAAUUCGUUUGUAGUAACGUUUACUAAACUAUGGGACAGUAACAAUUAUUAUCUGGGGCCAAAUGACACUGUAAGUGUCCUAGCCAACAUUGGUUAACUAGUUAUUUCUUCUGAUGUGUUUUGAUUGUCCUGUGAUAAAACAAUAGGCAAAAGCCUGACACCUACUGGGCUGAAGCUCCAUGAAUUCAGAAUCAUCAGUGUUAAACAAAGGUGAACGUUUUCUGACCCUACCACACAGUAUACAGAUGUUGCCAAAUUUAUGUACACCCAUGCACUUUCAUAAAUAUUUAAAAUGUUGGUUCUCCAGCACUAGUUAUUGGUGACACAGAUUUUGGCCCGGAAAAUUGCCAACAAAUGUGUCUUGUGGCUGUCAGUGAGAUCGCUGCAACUAUGACAAGGGGCUUUUAUUUGAUAUUGGUUGUCUUGCUGGCAGACCCACAACCUUCAACAGGGACACAGUGUUGAGACUGCACUCCAAAAUCCCCUAGUACCAGUGUUCUUUUUUCUUUACUGAUUUGAUUGGUUAAAACCCCCACUACUGAAGGAGACACAAGAAAGCCUGAUUGUACCUCUGACCUACUUAAAUAACCCACAUAUAAAGCCUAAAUACUGAAGAAGUGAGUAUUGUGUUGUAAUUUGAAAAAUAUGUUCACAGAAAUAUAACUAGUUCUGCAAUGUUGACAAUAUGUUACAUGUUUUAUAUUAUGUUUCAGGCUGUGAAGUACAAUGAAGCAUGUGGAAGAAUUGUAAAUAGCUUUUAAUGAUGGUAUGGUGUUAUAGUUUAACUAGUUGCAUUGUUUACUAAACAAACUUCUGUCAUGUGUUAAACAGUAUAUGCUGUUAUUAAAUAGAUUUCUACA